GCACAUUCUCUACUUCUCUCUUUGUAUCACUCAGUCCAUCUCUGAAGUCCGAGCAAGCUGAAACGGUGUCCAGCGGUGAACAGCUGAAGGGGUCCUCGGCUGGAUGAGGCCAGACACCGUUGAUUAAGCUCUGGGUCGUUGCCUCAGGGCCAGAACAGAUUGCCUGGCAGGUAUAGUCUGACUCAAGGUCAAAGGAGAUCAUCGGAGCAAUGGAGUGCUUCAACACCUUACUCCUUAAACUGCGGGAGGUCCACGAACGUGAAGUGGAGGGGUGGCAGCUGAAAAUCCAAGAGCUAUCCAACAAGAAGGGCUGUGAUACAAAGCGAAUGGAGGAAUUGUUCACCAAAAACCAGCAGAUGAAAGAACAGCAGAGAUUACUCACUGAGAAUAUCAAGACACUGGAGAACAGGCUGAGGGCUGGACUGUGUGACAGAUGUACAGUAACUCAGGAGGUGGCCAAGAGAAGACAACAGGAGUUUGAAGCCUCACAGAUACAGAGCCUGCACCACAUCUCUCUACUGGCUGGAGAAAUUAACAACAUGAAAAAGGAGAACAAGAAACUUAAAGAUGAGAUCAGUAGUUUAAGAGCAGCGCUGGACCGAGGUCACGGUGACCACUCCUCCAACAGCCACACCACCACAGAGGUCAAACCAAACAGCUCCGUGGAACUGUCGCCCUCCUCUGGACCUUUGGCCCUCAUCACUAUGGCAGGCAGCAGGGCCAGCAGCCAGCCAGCAGAUGGUGAUGGUGCGGUGAUAACUGAGGCACGCCAAAGACCCGCAGAAACUGAACACAGACAAUGGAGAGGGGUGAACAGAAGCCACACUAGCCCAUGCAAGCCUCUUUCGACUCUCGCGUCAUUAUCAUCCUGGAAGACAGAACAUUGUGUAUCAAGUGUUGGAGAGAGGAGAGGUCAGAGUGUUGAAGGACUGGACCAGCAAUCAUCGAUCCCUCCUCAAGCCCUUCUUCUUAACAACACUUCUUCAUCAACGGGUGGAGAAAUGAACCCCAGCAGACAUGUGCUCCACGUUCCUGUCCCCUGCCGUCCUCAACCAAUCAAGAGCAGCGCUGUUACUCUUCCAUGGCCCCUAUCGGAAUCCCCUGACUGGGUUUCUGCGGCUGCCCCAGGGAGCAGCCUCGUGGUACAACCUUCUCCCAAACCCAACCUGCCACACUUUCCCAACCUGAACCCAACUGGCCAACAUGGCCUCUCUCGAAGGCAGGGUUUUGGGUCUCUCUGGCACAAGCAGAGCAUCUCUAAGCCCAGUACCAUCGAGCCAACUGUGUUGUUCAGGUUGAGGAAUCUGUCAGAGAACGUGGAGAGUCAAAUGAAGCCUCAGGAGAAAAAGGAAAUCCUGCCAUCCAAGGCUGAGAGGGUCUCUGGAGAGGGGCUUAGAGAGGCGUGCGAGGGGCCUCUGGAUCUAUCAGAUCGAGGAAAGUCCAAAUCCAGCCAACUGGCAACAGAUUAUUCACCCUUGGCCUUACAAGGUCUAGAGAGAGAACAGAACAGCCCUGACAAGGAUGUGAAGACAAUUCCAGUAUCGUCGCCUCAUCAUGUCAUCCCUCCCUCACCCUCCUCUACAGCACCAGUCAAACAACAUGAGGAAGAGCCUACCAGUUACCAUAAGCCCGAGCAGGUAAUCAAAGAGCAGGAGCAGACAGAUGAAGUGAAUGGGAAGAUGGACCAAAGCAACGGGAAGAAGGUGCCUGUCCUCACUAUAUCUUUACGUCCAGUAGUAGUGCUGGAGACUUUGAAUACUGCUCUGCAGAAGCAAGAAGCUUUAUCAUCAAAUGGCAAGUCAUCAUCACCAGCAGCUGAGACUGGAAGCAGCAUGGACGAGGAGGACGAAGAGGAGAGUGUGUCAGGACAAGAAAGCAACCGCGGCUAUAAGAGGAAAAGGGCAUCUGUGGACACAGAAACCGACAGAGACUCGGACACAGACAACGUCCAGCAGGACAGGAAGAUCAAGAUCACAGUGAGAUCUGAGGAGAAGAGCCCAAGCUAAAGAGCAUGACAUCACAAUGACCUGGGGAUCACACUUAAACCUCCAUUAACUGACUGUUUUGGCCACUUGGGGGCAGCACAACAGACUGUAAACACAACACUGACACAUCAACACCUUAUUAAGUUGAUGCAGCCAACAAAUUAGCAAACAGUGGAGUAUUUACACAUCCAGUGAACACAGAGCAACCUUAGCAUUAAGUUGAUGCUGUGUCUCUGGCUCCCAGUAUUCAUAUACUUUUAUUUUUUAGGAAACUAAUUGAAAAGCCAUCCACCAACCUGUAAAUUAUUAUUAUUAAACAACCCUGAUUCAGUUUGACUAUGUACAUAGGUAAAAACACUGAAUCAGAGCUGACAUGGAUUCACUGUUUCUGGACACUUGAUCUUUUCCCACUAAUUUUUAUUUUUAAGAGAUGUCUAGUCAUUUUCCAGCCAUAUUGUAACAACAAAAAAAGGUGUGUUUCACAAGACAAUGGGACAUUUUCCUGCCAUGUUUGUGGCCAGUCCUGAGUAUUUUAAGUCAAAACAUGAUAUUUUUCCCAACUUUAACGAUAGUGAAUAAAUGCAUCUUUACCUGAUUUAGCUUCGAUUGUAGGUACAUUCACAAGAUACAUUUUGAUGAUCUGAAGGAUCUGAUUGGGCUAUAAAGUCAGUGAGCUAUACUGUACCAGCAGCCAGUGGAGUGCUUUCAGUACAGGUGUAAUAUCUGGUAUUUCCCUAGUCCCAGUUAGCACUCUGGCUGGAGCAUUCUGGAUGAGCUGGAGCCUUAUCUUUUUGGGGAGACCUAUAAAAAGGGCAUUACAGUAACCUAAUCUGCUGGAGAUGAACCAUUUUUUCAGAGCCUCGGACAUGAAGAUCCUAAAUUUGGAAAUAUCUUGAAAUGGUAGAAAGCCGUCGUCACAAUAGCAGUGAAGUGAUGCUGAAAGUUAAGUGGAACCAACACUCAUUUCUGACACAUUCACUGUGUUUUAGAGAAAAGGAAGAUGAAAAUGUACAUAAUCUCCUGUUGUUGUAAAAGAGAGGCAUCCAGCAGUUGAUGUCAUCGACAUGUAUGGGUUAAAUAGCAGUGGACCAAGAACUGACCCUUGUGGAACCCCACAGAAAAUUACAACUUCUUCAAAUGAGGAGUUGCCAAGAGAUACAGAGAAAGUCCUUCAUUUUUAAUAUGUGGAGGACUACUGAAGAACAGGUCCAGAUAAACAGUACAGUUUUCAGAAAGUUUGUUUGCAUUGCGGAUUCAGCGGUGUAUAGAUAAUGGAUGGAUGGAUGGGUGUUUGCAUUGCUAUUGAUUUUAAGACCAUUGAGUACUUGGACAAAAGCCAUUUCAGUGCUAUGAUUCUUUCUAGCGCCCAACUGGUACAUGUCAUACAGGUUAUGGAGGGUUAGGUAACUGCGCAGUUGUUUGUAGACAACCUUCUAAAAACAGGAAGAUUAGAGAUUGGUCUAUAAUUGCUAGUUGUGGAUACAUCUAGAUUGUUCUUUUUCAGAACAACAGGAGGCUUGGGAAAAACACUGGACUGUAGAGAGACAUUAAUGGUCUGCAGAAGAUCAUCUGAUAGGCAAAAUAUGUCAAUCAAACUUUGGUAUGCGUGUAAGACCUGCCCCCACAGACAGAUAAGCCAAUCAGGCUCAUCUUUCCGUACGCUGAUAUCUUAAGGGACUUUUACUGUGCCUGUUACUUUUCAGGGUCACCAUAUGUCUACAUUACCAACCACAGCAUGAAGAUUUUAGAAAAGUUUUUAUGAUUAACCUUAAACCAAGACUAACUGCUUUUGGCCACUUGAAUCUACAACAAUGAUGUAUUAUCACCUUAUAAAGUUGAUGUGGCAAGCAUUUUAGCAAAUAGUUGCCUCUCUAUUCAGCAAACACAGAGCAACCUUGGCAUUCUUUUGGACUUGUAUUUGUGUCCACCUGACGAACAUCAGUCCAAUAUUCAGUCUAAUUUUAGCUUUGCUUUGGUCCUCACCAACUCUGGAGAACAGUGGCUAACUUUGUCUCUCUGCUGUUUGGUGCUCGGCAGGUAGAUAUAACCUUCGUUUACCUGAGCUUUUUACUGAAAUCAGCUGCCUACUGAAAGUUCAUCACAACAGUUAAGUUGUGCUCAAAGGUGUUGAGCUCAGGGGAACAGAUAAUACUCGUUAUUAAAACACAGACCUGAUUUCACAUGACACAUAGUCAUCCGGUCCGUCUGUUAAUACAAAAGUCUGAGUACGGCAUCUUGGAUAUAAAUACAUUGAUUAGAGCCACUUAACAUUUUUAAACAUCAGGGUUUUCCCUGCCUUUCGUCCAAUGCUUUUAGCCAAAAUAUAUCAUAUCUGUAAACAAAUUCAAAUGUGGUUGAGACAAUGAUGAGUAUUUACAGUUUUACUGUAUUUGCUCCCUUUAUUUGCCACUAAAAAGCAGAACAAAGUGCUCUGCAUUGGUUACCUUAAAGCAAUUUCUUGUUAAUUUAGAUUAAAAAAAAUUAUUAUUGAAAAAGUAUUAUUGUUGGAGUUUUGCAGAGGUAGAUACCACACAUUGCAGUGGUCAGUGGAGAUUCAAAGAUGGCCCUGUUUGCUUGCUGUAAUCUACUAACAUCUCAAAAUAAAUGUAGCAAUUUAUUGAUGUUGAAAUGCUUCACAUAGAGCCUUUAAAAUGCAUUAAUUAAGAUAAGAGGGGCUGUGACUGCAGUCUGCAGCCACUCUGAAUAUCCGUAAGUGAAGACAAAGAUUUCAGUACCUGACUUUUCUUGUAGAAACUUAAUAUAUUGUCAGAUUGAAAUGAUAGUGAGUCCUCUAUUCAGUCUACUCCUGGCUGUUGAUGGGUCAAAAUUGAUCAUCACAGCUAUUGCCAUAGCAGUACAACCAUCUCUGUCACAACCUGCACCGUCAUCGCCGUUCCCCUUUUCUGAAGCACUGAAAAAAGUCCAGGCCUGUGACUAACUUUAAACAGUUUGAUCUUACGUGUCUGAUUAAGAUUCACUGUAUUGUUAAAACAAACUAUCCCAUCAAAUUCAGAAUUUAUACAGAAUUAUCCUUUUUCCCUUGUCUUACAGCCCAACAAAGUAAACCAGCUGUGAUUUAGUGUCACCUACUAAUGCCAAACUUCAGUCUUCCUCUCCAAUGCUCGUCACACACUAUCCUAUUUUCAUGUCGCAUACAGUAUUUACUGUAUAGUUAUUUCACUUUCCUGGCAUUGCUGUCACUGCUAUUUUUGCCACAGAGCCCCCCUUCCUCUCUCAGCCUUUCUUAAGUCACCAACAAACACCCAAAGAAAAGAAAAAAACAAGUUCCUCUUCCUCUUUUUCAUUUUCAGAAUACGCAUAUUUUGCAAGAAUUAACUUUCCGCUCACAGCUGUGGUAGGAUGGGUGGGUGGAGGCAAUAAAAGCACAGUGACGGAGUCAGUUAAAUAAUCUAGACCUUUGUGACAACACUAUCAAACUAAUGUGUCCAUUUUGUGUAAAUAUGUAAAAUACCUUUUUAAUGACAUGCCUUAAUCAAUAGGGAGAGUCAGCCAGUAUUUACUCUGUACUAAAUAUAAGAUAGUUGUUUCCUCUUCUUUUUUCAAAGCAUGCACUUUUAUUUUGUGUGUGAAAACCUGUGCAGUCCGAAUGCUGUUAUAUUGAUUUCUACUGUUUCCAUUAUGUCGCUCUGAUGCCAUUAGAAUCCAUUAAGCACAGUAUUGGUCAAUAGUCAGUGACAAGCCUUUCCCUGCCGUUCACAUCUCUGUGUUAAUUAAAUGUGGUUGACUAUGCCAUUGGAAGUGUAUUAUUGUGCACUGACUUUUACAGUGUGCUAAUCUACCAAACUUUACAGAUUUUUUUUUUUUGUCACAGUGAUAUAACAUACACUAUUAGAAACUGUAUGAAUGCACUACUUCUGAUGCUGAAAUAAGUAUCCGUUCUUGAA